AGAUAGAGAGAGAGAGAGAGAGAGAGAGAGAGAGAGAGAGAGAGAGAGAGAGAGAGAGAGAGAGAGAGAGAGAGAGAGAGAGAGAGAGAGAGAGAGAGAGAGAGAGAGAGAGAGAGAGAGAGAGAGAGAGAGAGAGAGAGAGAGGGAGAGAGAGAGAGAGACGCAGUUAGAGCGGCGCGCCAGGCACCAGGAGGAGAGCAUCUAGCGACUUCAUGUUGGAAGGAGAACUGCAACUUUCCGCAGAGGAAAAAAAAAGUGUUGCGCAUUUAUUUGGACAUACAAUGCGACUGCCCGGCUUCAUGUUGGAUUUUGACACCUCACCACUUUGACAGGAGUGCAGCCCGAGUCUGUAUGCUCUGUGGGAGGAAUUUCAGGAUUUCCCGAGACAAACUUUUUGGUGUGGACAUCUAGGAAGCCACUCGGGAAGUAUACAAAAGCAUCUUUCUACUGCUGUCUCUCUGGGAACAUACAUUGAACUUCAAAACCGCGAUGGAUGAGGAGCAGUGCUACUACAAUGAGACCAUUGCCUUCUUCUACAACCGCAGCGGCAAGUACCUUGCGACUGACUGGAAUACGGUCAGUCGGUUGGUGAUGGGCCUGGGCAUCACAGUCUGCAUUUUCAUCAUGCUGGCCAACCUCCUGGUGAUGAUCGCCAUCUACGUCAACCGGAGAUUUCACUUCCCCAUCUACUACCUGAUGGCUAACUUGGCAGCUGCGGACUUCUUUGCCGGACUGGCCUACUUCUACUUGAUGUUCAACACAGGACCAAACACGAGGCGUCUGACUGUUUCUACAUGGCUUCUCCGGCAAGGCUUGAUUGACACCAGCCUGACAGCCUCUGUGGCAAACCUCCUCGCGAUUGCCAUCGAGCGCCACAUCACAGUAUUCCGCAUGCAGCUGCACACACGCAUGAGCAACCGGCGCGUGGUGGUUGUAAUCGUCAUCAUCUGGACCAUGUCCAUAGUCAUGGGAGCCAUUCCGAGUGUGGGCUGGAAUUGUAUCUGCAGCAUCAAAUCAUGCUCCAACAUGGCACCGCUUUAUAGCAAUUCCUACCUAGUCUUUUGGGCCGUCUUUAACCUGGUGACCUUUGUUGUCAUGGUGACGCUCUAUGCCCACAUCUUUGUCUAUGUGCGCCAAAGGACAAUGAGGAUGUCACGUCACAGCUCCGGACCCCGACGUAACAAAGACACAAUGAUGUCACUGCUGAAAACCGUGGUGAUUGUUUUGGGGGCAUUCAUUAUCUGCUGGACCCCAGGUCUUGUCAUCCUUCUCCUUGACGUCUUUUGUGCCAGCUGCAACGUCCUCACCUAUGAAAAGUUCUUCCUGCUGCUGGCCGAGUUCAACUCCGCCAUGAAUCCCAUCAUCUACUCGUACCGCGAUAAGGAGAUGAGCGCCACUUUUCGGCAGAUCCUGUGCUGCCAGCGGCAGGAGAACGUCAACGGGACGGCAGCAGAGGGGUCCGACCGAUCGGCGUCGUCCAUCAACCACACGGUGCUCAGCGGCGGCAUGCAUCACCAUCACAACAACGAACACUCGGUGGUAUAAAGGCUCGAGGGGUGGCUGAACUCUGCGUGAGUGAGAACGACGGGGAGAAUGUGGGGAAGCCAUAUGUGAAGGUCAAGCGACUCCAAACGUGAUGUGAAGACACAAUCCCAUGUAAGGGAUUGUGGAGGGAAGAUGGACACUUUAAUGGUGGAUGACAGGAGAGCACUAGGAUGACGGGCCAUCAGACAUCCUCAAUGACUCUGAAAUGCUGUUCAUAUUUUUCAUUGAUGACAUAUUUUCUAUUUGUGUUGAAUGUGUUGCUAUUGGCAAUGUUAAUACAAACUGUUGCGUCUGUGAAAUUACCAGAAUGCCAGUAUAACAUACGGCCUCUCUUCAGUUUACUCUUAACGUUAUAUUCGUUACUUACCAAGCACAAAUGCGCGGAGGCCAAAUUUAUCGUUUUGAUUGUGUUCGUUGUUUAUGGGUGAUAUUGCAGGAUUCGGUAAAACAAAGUUUCGCCCCCUGCCCCUGACUGGAAAUUGUAAAGUCCCAUUCACUUGCACUCGCCACCACUUUAGCACCAGUCAGUUCAUAUCCAUCCAUUCAUUAUGUCUAAUAUCAGCUAGCUAGCGUGCUAGCUAAUAAAACGACAGCUAAACACAAUAAGGCUGUUCACUUGUUUGUAUUUGAGAAACCGUUCAGCCUUGGCAAAAGUCUCUGCCUCACUGAGAGCCGUUAGUGACAAGAUUGGUUUUGUCCAUUGGGACCUAAAGGGGUUCCAUGACAUCAUCCGUAUGUGGUAGGAAGCUAUAGCUCAGCGAAACAAUAACACUGAAGAUUACUUCAUUGAUUCGAUGACUCACCUUUUAAAUUGUAACCAGACUGUUUGUCUCAUUUUGAUUUUCCUCGGCCGUUAGACCUAAAUUGACCCACCAUGUGAACUUCACUAAUCUUACGCAACCAUAACUGAAAUCAAAUUUGGGCAUCUCAAAGUUGAUGGUAACAUAUUUCCAUACAGUCGAAACAUAUUUAAACCGUUUCAUGCACCCCUGUAACACGAUAAGCUGUCCACUGUAGUGACCGCUAUCCCUGAAAAGGUUAACAUUCCAAGGAGCAUCCAAAAGUGAUCAAGUGAACCGCUUCAGACUGUCAGCUAACUUGAAAAGAAAUGAAUCAAAUAGCUGCAAGAAACCCCACAGCUUGUUUAUUUCCCUUCUAAGGGAUUAAAGAUAACUUGUUCUCGGAUGUGACCAAAGAAGGCGAGGAGGUUGUUUAGCAGUUUACCACAUGCAGCCUAUGAGCCGCUGUGUUCCACAGAAAAUACGGCGAAGGUCAUCUUCGUGUUGUGUUAGCAGAGCACAUGAGACGUAAUGACUUGUGUGCCUCUUGGUGUUUUAUCUUUUGUUUUUGUGUCCAUGAAUCAAAAAAGGCCUCAGGUCACAAUAGUGCAAAACAGUCAAAGUAUCUCAUCGUCAGUGAGAUGAAUUUCGAGACUCAUCCCAAAAAGGAGAACCGUGAAGUGGGUUCUGUGAAAGUCUUAAGUUUGAAAUCCACAGUAUCUGAGGUCCCACAGCCCGCCAGUCCCGAUGUUUGAUUUCCAUUUUAAUGAAAGCCCUUUAUUUGGGGAAAAGGUCACUCUUAUGAGAUCACAGUCUGGCUUUGGAAAACAAGAGCUCUGAGCUGUGUGCUCACUUAUCCUUUUGACCCGAGAUUGAAUGUUACACACACAGUAUUGUCGAAAUCAAGUUGAAGCUUGAUGUACAUAGAUGCAUAAGUGAUGAAUUUUAUCUAUUGAAAUGAUUAAAGUCAUGGUAUGGUUGAGCUUCAGUGUUUACGAUACUCCAGCACUUCUACAGGUCACUGACAACAAAAACAUCAAAAAAUCAUCUUCAAAGUUUCAGAGUUUUCCGGACAAGUAUAGCUACGUUUAUUUGUCCACGGUACAACUUUGAUCGGGCUAAGGUAUCCACUGCAGAUGGUGCAGCAGAUCAAAUAGUCUCCACAUUUUUUAUUUUUUUGGGGUUUUCUACAAGAUAAUUAGUAAGACAAUACUAGCACAAUUCUCUGUUAACCAAACAAUGAUGAGCAGUGUAUAUGCGUCGCCUUUUUGCAAGCGUACUGAAAUGUAUCAGUGAGGCGAGUACCUGAAUGAAAGAUAACUGAUAUGUGGGAUACACAAAAGUUCUUAGCACACCAAACAGAAUUGGACUACUUUGUGGAAACGGGAGGCCUUUUAUCCCGCUCCUACACAAGUCACUUCACCGACAGCCGUUUGUUUAGAAGGAUUUUUUGUCAUCUGGGUGUCUGUAAAACGUGGAAAAAAAGACACGGGAUAUUAUGGAUCAUUAAAUCUUACUCAACAUUUGAAGAAGUAUAAGUGAGUGGCCUAUUUAAAAAUACUGUUGACUUGCUCUGAAUUUUAGCAGUUUCCCUUAAACACUACAUGGCUGACACUUAAUUGAUAGCAUCCAUCCAUCCAUUUUCAACGCCACUUAAUCCUGAAGUGGGCCGCGGGAGUAUAUUCCAUCUGAUUUUGGACAGAAGGCAGAUUACCCUCUGAACUGGACUCCCGCCAGUCACAGGGCACAAAUAGAGAGAAACAACCAUUCACACCCACAUCCAGAUCGUCACUUAGUGGGAAUCAACCCCACGCUGCCUGCACACAAAUCAGGCAAGUGUACCAUUACACCAUCAGAGACUCACUUAACCCCUUUCAUGUGCACUGUAACAUGAUAGCAUGAUAAUCUGUCCACCAGGGGUGUCAAACAAAUUUUUUGUUGCGGGCCCCUUCAGAGUUAUGGCUUCUUUCGGAGGUCCGGUGCAAAAUCUCAAUGUUAUUUAUUACCCAUGAUAACUUGACAUUUCGGUACAGAAUUUAACAAGAAUCAUGAUAGUUGACACACAUGAUUUGUUCCCGCGGGCCACAUGAAAUGACAUGGGGGGCCGGAUCUGGCCCCCGGCCUUGACUUUGACACCUGUGCUGUCCAGUGUUGUAACUGCUGUCCCUCAAAGGGUUAACAACAGCAAACUCUCCUUACCCCUCUUUUUCUAGUUAAAAUGGUGUGGUGCUGUCUUUCGUAGAAGUAGUCUGCAUGGAAAUAGGUUAAUUAAAGUGGAGCUGUUGACUGAAUACAAAAAUCAUGGUUUAAAUUUGCACAUGGUUUCAAACUCAACUGCAUUUUCAGAUUUAUUUAAUUCAUCCCAUUUUUGUAUUUCAACUAGAUUGGCGAAUUGCACUUAAAUACAGCAUGUGGCAAGGAAUGAAGGUUUUGUCUGUGUGUUUGGAUUCAUGUUGCGCAGAGGUACCACUGUUUGAAUCCUGCUUCUGAGUCUUUCAAUCAGAACUGUUUUUUUUUUUUUUACAAUGCAGGCUAACUUUUUUUUCUUUCUUUAUAUUGUUGAGUCUGUAUUUUGAGCACUCUAUGGGACAGUCUAAUUGUAACUCUGACAACAAAUACCACUUCACCUUGACUAUUCUACCAUAUUACCACACAAAUUUAAAAUGCCUGAAUUGAACAGGCACAUCAUAUUUGUAAUUCAUCCCAUAUCUCCCCAUGUAGUCAUAAAUUGCUUGUAUUAUAUCUCACAUGGGGUGGCCCGGUGGUCCAGUGGUUACCGCGUCGACCUCAUAGUGCAGAGGUUCAAUUCCAGCUCCGGCCUCCCUGUGUAGAGUUUUCAUGUUCGCCCCGGGCCUGCAUGGGUUUUCUCCGGGUACUCCGGUUUCCUCCCACAUUCCAAAAACAUGCGUGGCAGGCUGAUUGAACACUCUAAAUUGUCCCUAGGUGUGAGUGAGUGCACGGAUGGUUGUUCGUCUCCGUGUUCCCUGCGAUUGGCUGGCAACCGGUUCAGGGUGUAUCCCGCCUACUGCCCUAAGACUGCUGGGAUAGGCUCCAGCACCCCCGCAACCCUUGUGAGGAUAAGCGGAUCGCAAAAUGAAUGAAUAUAUCUCACAUACUCCAGAGGUCAGACGAUGGUGUAAUGAUUAGAAGAGCCAAAGACCAAAAUUAUGCAACUUUGUGUUCCAGCAGCGUGCCACGCUUUUUCACUGAUCAAAAUUGCGCAUCCCUGGACCUGGCCCUCCAUAUUUGUUGUUACCAGAUAUAAAGCACCCUCCAUAAUUAUCGGCACCCAUGGUUAUGAUGUUUUCUUUAGCUUCUAAUGACGAAAACCCAACCUUUAAAAGUUGAAGUCUGGCGACUGAGUGACCAUGGGAGAGCUUUGUCUGGUGAACCAUUUCUAAAAUGGCAGCUCCUGCGCUAAAAAUCAACAUUGAUUAGAAAGUUUUCAACACUUCUUUACCAGAGGUGGCGAUAAUUACGAAGAGCACCGUACAGUCAACCAACAGCACACCAGUAUGUUUAUUGGUUCAGUGAGUUAGUGUGUGUCUCUAAGUGUAUAGUAUGUGUGUACAGUAUAUAAAUAUUGUAUUCAAAUUGAAUCACCAAAGGGAUUGUGCUUUCAUGUGUACAUUUUAACUGCUAUAUCCUGUUCAAAAGUACUGUAGGAGGUUUUUGUGCCGUGAUCUCUUGUGUAAUUAAUUUCCUGUAGACAUUAUUGAAGUUAUGAACUUGCUUACUUUGUCUGUGCUUUCUGCAGCCUCCCCUUUAAGCGAGCCUGAAAAUUCGCUUCAGUACAACCAGUGAUAAAUGAAUACGAAUAAUCCAGAGUCCAAGCAUGUAGUUAUGCCUUUGAGAAGCACCUUUAUGAUCGAAUAUGUUCACAUCUUGGUUACUCUUAACUGAACUGCACACUAGGUAUUUGUAAAAGGGUAACAGUACUUUCCCCUUCCCCCAAAUAAUCAAACUGUAUGUUCCAAAAUCAAUUACAGACAUUUCUCAAGAGUCAAGACAAAUAAUAGUCUGCAUCAUAACAUAAAAAAUAAAACACUUUCUAGACAUACUCUUCUUCCCUGUAGGUUCUGAAGUAAGUUAAUGUCAAGAGGGGUUAUUGAAGGAAAAAAUAAAUAAGAAAAUAAA